AGCCCCGGUCAUCCAGACCGCGGACACUGGAUCACCCGUGACGUCCUCUGGGGCGUCUUGGACGAUGGCAGUGCGGGAGAGGACAGUUCGGGACCAAGUUAGCGGCAGGCCCAGAAGGAGCGGCGACCGGACGACGACGUCGGCAUGAAGUCGUGCUCGUGGCGUCGCGUCAGCGGAGACUUCUCGCUCGACGUGGCCAAGGACAGGGCGACCAGGACCAACGGCGGUGCCGCGCACAGGGCCAGGGAUGUGGACGAGUUCUACCUUCGGGUCACGCAGCGACAGGAGCAGCACCUGGUGCCGCUCAAGGAGGACCUUGCCGACUGGCUCAACAAGUCUCUCGAUGUGGCGGACAUCACGGCGGACAACUUCCUGGACAAGCUGGACAACGGCGUGGUGGUGUGUCGACUUGCCAGGCUCAUCCAGGCCAGGGCAGAACUGUGCGGACGCCAGGGCAACUCGGAAAAGGCGGUGCCCAGCUUCGAGUUCAAGUGCUGGGAGAACGCCAAGUCCGAGACGUUCUUUGCGCGCGACAACGUGGACAACUUCCUCCGUUGGUGUCGCAAGUUCGGCGUCAACGAGUCCGUCAUGUUCGAGUCCGACGGCCUCGUUCUGCACAGCCAGCCCCGGUGCGUGGUGCUGUGCCUACUCGAGCUGGGCCGCAUCGCGUCCCGCUUUGGCGUAGAGCCGCCGGGGCUGGUGAAGCUCGAGGAGGAGAUUGAGGAGCAGGAGAAGACGCUGCUCAGGCUCGGCCAGGACGCCGCCGACACCCUUCAGGAGGACUCGGCGUCGUCCACCUGCUCGUCGCCCGCUCUCUCCAGGGCUCACUCCUGCCUCUCGGACUCCAGCGGAGAGCACGGGGUUGCGGGUGACGGGGCUAACGGCACGACGCCAGGGGUCCCCGAGCCUUCGGGCGCCGCCGGCGAGUCCAACGGUGUGCUGGAGCCCGGCGACAAGGAGGUGGACGAGGACGGCGGGCGGGACUCGGGCCUGCCGGCGGAGACCGGCGACGGGGGCGCGGACUCCCUGGACGGCUCCCUGAACGGCCUGUCGUCCACGCCCAGUCCGACGCCGCCGCAGCCAGCGCAGCUCAAGCAGCCCAGGGGCAAGAAGGAGCAGCACAAGUCGCCCUCGGACCUCGACCAGAAGGUCCGGAAAAUAGCCAGUCGUGUGUGCCAAAACGAAACCCAGAUCAAGCGCAUUUCCGAGGGAAGGUACUGCAUCGGGGGACGCAUCUACUUUGUCAGGCUGCUGAAGGAGCGGCAUGUGAUGAUCCGCGUGGGCGGUGGCUGGGACACGCUGGAGCACUUCCUGUCCCGCCAUGACACAUGCAACGUGAUCCUGCUCAACCGGCGGCCCUCUUUGGCCCUGGACGACGGAGGAGCCUCCUCCCCCAGCUCUACGGGGUCCCAGUCCCCGUGCACCCUGCUGGGGUCCAAGGCCUCGCCCCUCGGCUCUGGGCAGGGAAACCCCAACGGCCUGGGACAGUCCAGGCCCAGGUACCGCAGCCCCGCCUCCAGCGUGUCCCUGUCUGCACUCAGCUCCCUUUCAAAACACGUCGGAUGAGCCGUCCCACAUAUGAGGCGUUCAGGGAUGGGCCGUGUCCACAUAGUAAAGGCUUGUCUCCAAAUUAGGAAAAGCUCAUCCCAGACCUUGCCAUUUAAGGAUGCAGUGUCCUUAAUUAACUACAGCUCAUCCCCAAAUUUAGCCACUAAGGGACAAGUUGUCCUCAAUUGGGGGACAACUCAUCCCCAAUUGAACUUCUUAGGAAUGACUUGUUCUCGAUUAGGAACAACUCAUUUCUAAAUAAACUAGUUAGUGAUGAGGGUGCCCUAAUUAGGGAUACCGAUCCCCAAAUUAUGCUAUUUAAAGGUGAGUUGUCCCCAAUUAGCUCAUCCUCAAACUAUCUAUUUAGGAAUGACUUGCCCCCAAUUAGCAACAUCUCAUCCAAUAUUUACCUAUUCAGGGAUGAGGGCUCCUCAAUUACCAACUACCCAUCCCCGAAUGUGGUACUUAGGGAUGAGUUUUCUUCUAUUAAGGAUAAUUGACACCCAGAUUUAACUAUUUAGGGAUGAGUUGUCCCCAGAGACAACUCAUCCUAAAAUGAACAAUUUAGGAAUGAGGUAUUCUUAAUUAGCAAUAGCUCAUCUCAAAAUUAAUCUAUUUAGGGAUGAGUUGUUCUGAAAUAGGAACAUUGCAUCCCCAAUUAGAGCAACUUAGGGGCAAUUUCCAAAUUUAACUAUUGAGGGGUGAGUUGGCCUCAUUUACGAGCAGUUUAUUCCCAAACAAACUAUUUAAUAACGAGUUGUCCCCAAUUAAUGACAUCUCAUCCCCAAAGGACCUAUUGUGGGAUGAGCUAUUUCCAGAUAGGAACAAUUUAUCCUUGUUUUAGCUAUUUAGGGUUUGAGUUGUCUCUAAUAGCAGCAACUAGAGGGAUAUCAGGUCACCAUGUUUAUCUGAAGAAGGUCAGCCUUUUCAUGAGCUGCGCAUGGCAAACCAGUCCCUGCGAUUUGCGGAAGGGGACCAGUGAAUCAUGUAGCACCGAAAGCAUAGGCAUGGGUGCUGUGCUAGGUCAUGCUUGGUGUCCCAGCACGGACCUCUUUUAUGUUGCCAGACAUUAUCUUUAUUUUUACCAAAACGAGUUUACAAAAUGAGCCGAGAAAUUACGAGGACUUUAGUUCCGUAAGCCCUUUGGGAACAUACAGAUACUUGCAUCGUUCAUGAAAAGUUGUACCUACUUUCAUGUAGGAAUGAUUUGAAUUUUAGCAUGCUUACAAUGUUGGAGUGUGUUGAAAUGCUUUGAUCGUCACACUGCUGUCGAUAGGGGUUUGGCAUGAAUUUUGUCUGGGCAGACUCCGGGUUUGUAUGUCGUCUAUGUAACAUUUUGGAGGCACCUUUCUCUUCACACGGCUCCGGCAUGUUCUUCCAUGCCACACAAUGCUGCUGGAAAGAAGGGAUCCCAAUCAUUGGUAGUACAGGUGUAAUUCUAAAAUGCUGCUUUGCCAGGUCAUUGCUUCCAUAUGCAGCAGAUUUGUCUAUGCUUGACGAAAGUUCACAUGAUUCCACUCGAUUGUGCCAUCUGGAGGACCAAACUUGGGAUUUCCGUGGGCUUCCAAAGACCACUUGGGACACUUGAGCAGAGCAUUUUUGGGCAGUGCACCAAGUCUCUCUGAAAUGCUUAAAAAUGCUUGUAUCGGCUUAUUCAAAGGCACUUGCUAAGAUGUUUGUAGUUCUUGGGCUAUUAAUUCUUUCGGUAUCUUGGUUGAUAGUCAUUAGCUUUUACUUUUGGUUAUGCUGUCCAGACCGUAUUUCUUAUUAUACCUGCGGAAACGAUUAGUCCCAAGAAAUAUGAGGUUCCACCUCAACUCAAUGUCUCCUGUUGGCAUUUAUUACAUCGUAUUGACCCCAAAGCUUUUGCUGGUUCUUUCAUUUGGAAAACAUGGCUUUGUUACAUCCUGUACUGUAGGGAGCAAAGAUUUAGUGGGAGACACUUAGUUACAAUGUUUCUCUGAAAGUGGGUAUUCAAAACGAACGCUGCUAAAGAAAAAUGCUUCGAAGAAGCUUUUGAAAGCCUAGUACUGUGACAAUGAACAGGUAGCUUCAGCUCUUGGUUUGUUUACAAAUCAUUUGAAAAAGAAGUAAGCAUCACAACGUUUUGCUCUAACGGUGCUAAAAUCAGUGCCGCUCAUUCCAUUCCAGGAAUUAAUUUUAGCUCCUACGGUGUUAGUCGUGAACCUUUUGCGCUAUCAGCAAACCUAUCGCGGUAUCUGCAGCUUAGUCCCACGCAAUCAAAGUGCACUGCUCAUACAACGUUUAGGCAGUCAGCAAUCUCUUGUCCUACUGCCACAUGUCAAGUGUAAAAACUCAAGACACCCACUGAAAGCUUGUGGGCACCGUAAAGUGUGAAGCACUAAGGACCUCUGAGACAAUAGAAUGAAUGCCAUGAAAUGCUGAAGGGACACAUGCAGACUCAGUUUCUACUUGGGUCUUGAAAAAAAAAAAGGGCAGCAUUUAACAUUUGCAGGCUGUGACCUUAUGUCUGCAUCUGUGCACCUUUGUUGUCAGUGAAAUAGAAUCUUCAUGCAUGAGAGGCAUGGUUCUGCAUGAUAAGUUGAUAAACAUUGUUGCUUCCUGUCUUGCACUGCUGUUUUAAGCUUCCAUGCACCCAUAAGGCUUUUUUUAAGGACUUCUAAUCUCAGUUGUACUGUUAGUUAGCUGCUUACAAUGAGCACUGAUUAACAGAAAUGUGCCACAUCUUCUGAUAAGUGGUAGUCUCAUCUUUUUUAUGGCUUCCAGGGAAUGCUUUAGAAUUGGCUGGCCUGCUCCAGCUCUUAUCCAGUUUUAGGUUUUCUCCAUUUUCCACACACAUCUGUUUCUUGAUCCCCUUUCUCUGUUUCUGAUUAUAGAGCUGUUUUUAUUUUACAGAUACUAGGUUCUACAGCUUGUCACUCGAGUUUUUAUAUUUGUCGUUUUAGCCCAAGCAUGAAUACACUCUCCUUUUCCAGUAGUUUCUUUCUGUGGCCUCUUUACACCUGCUUGGCUGGUGUUUGUGUUUUUCAAAUGGUUGUUUGCAGUGUGUCAAAUAUGUAUGGAGAGGCAGUUUCGUAACAAUCUCGGCUUCUAUGAUGCUAGUUUUGCAAAGAAACUAAUUACUUCAAGGUUAGGUAUUUGUGAAAUCAAGAGAAUUUUCAAUUUUGCAUUGGUCAUGUCAUUGGUUGUUUGCUUGCCAGAUAUUAGUAUGUUAUCUCUGCUGAUCCACAGAUAGAAGUAAUUUUCUUAUUUUAUUAUGUGUUGGGAAGCUGCAUCCAUGUUAGCCUUCAUUUUAUUUUGUGUGAGUCUCAUUUUGAGUGUUUUUUUUUAACAUAUUUUGGGGAGGUUAAGUUUUAAUUUCAAGCAUGUUUAUUUUUUUAGGGAGCCAUUUGCAUACGACUGCUGCUCUUUUCACGCUAUUCUAUGACGUUGAGUGACCCUUUUACAUUUCUCUGGAUCUGUUUUUCCCGGAACAUUUUUUUUGUUUCUUUUUUUGUUUUGGACUGGCUUUAUUUUGGAUUCUUGAAAUCUUGAUAGUCACUGCUUGCUUUCUUUCAGUCUGGCAGCAACUGUUCACUGUUCUUUUAAAAUGGCACUUAAAAGCUCACAUGCAAGAGGCGGGGUUUCAAGAAGGGAUUUAGAAGCAUUUUGUUGCUUCAUCCAACGGCUGCUUUCGGUUAGCGUUUGCUGCCACUUUUUAGAAUAGUACUGUCAUGGCAUUUAAUGGGCUGUUCAUAAUUAAUACAGAAUUUUUACUGUUAGCAGUGCUGUUGUAGCAUUUGGGCCAUAUUUUCAAGGUCUGUGAAUGUUUUGCUCAAACACUGACAUGCAUUUUAAUGAAGGAAUUAGCCUGAAGAAUGCAUGUUGGAUACAGAUGAGUCCAAAUAUUCAGUCCACAGCGAGUGCAACUAAACUUUAUUUGAAGCUGCAGGCCACCACUCCUAUCUGAGUUGUAGACCAGUCAGAAAGAAAAAAAAAAUCGUAGGAUUUAUCACUGAUCAGAACUACCGGCAUAUAUGCUAUUGAAGAGUUGGUAGCAUAUGUAUUGGAUGCUGGUCGAGUUUGUAUCUUGCCACAUUGUUUUUUCUCAUAGGAAUUAUAUUGCAUACUUCUGUUUAUUUUUUAUUUCUUUUGGGACUGUAGUAGAUCUGAAACAAAUCUUUCCUAAUCUCAUUAUAGCCAUGUUUGUACAUUUUAAAUGUGAUGCUCUCAGCUUGAAAUUAAAAAUUGUGGAAAUGUUAUCACUGAGAAUUCUUGGCUGUGGCAUGUUUGGCAAUCAAGGUUUUCUUUGUAUCUGUUCAUUGAAAUUUUCACAUCCUUCACCCAUUGGUGGCUUUAGAAUUUUUUUGCCUUUCACUACAAUUAAUGUGGUCUAAACAUGUAGUAUCAAGUAUAGAGAACAUUUAAUCUAGGUUCUGUGUAAUUACCGGAAUUGUGUAAUUUCAUUCUUUCAUUUUUUAGAGCUACAUUACUUGAAGGCUGUACCAUCCAACAAUUUAUUAAACUGGAAAAGUUUAUUCAACCAUUAUCUUCAGUUGUAUUUUCUUUAAUACAAUGGUAACUGUGUUACUUUGAACUUGGCACUUAUUCUGAAUUUAAUGGCUCUCCUCUUUUGCUUUGUUUAUAUGAACUGAUAUCAUUUUGUUACACUAGGUGUUUUGCAUGUUCAUUGUGUAAGAAAGUCAAGCGUGAGAAUUGCAAUGCCAAAAAAAUUCAGUGCUGGUAACUAGUUAGAUGUAGAUUUUAUUUUGAAUAUCUGUUGUGCUACCUGCUUCAUUCAUUUAGUUGUCUGCUUUUGUCACAGUCAUCUGGAUAGAAAUAUGUCAUCAGUAUAUAGAUAUUCCUGCAUAGCUAUCUGUGCUGCUUCUGCUCCACAUUAUGCCUCCCACUUAUGCCAUCAUGGUAACAACAGUAUUAGCUUUCACUGUAAAGCAGUUGUAAUUAAAAGCUCAAUUAUUGCCUGUUUGUACACCUUUAUUUACCUCAUACUUAAACAUGUUCUAAGAGGUUCUAUUGCACGUUUAUGGGAAGGAUGCUUCACAAGCUUACUAUAUCUAUUCUUCUCGCUAGCAGAGGCAACUAUUUUUUUAGCUGUUGAAAGCCGUCACUUGUUCUUUUGAACCGUCCGCUACGAACUGGAGGAUGAAUUAUCAGGAGUCAUCCUGCCAAGCCGCUUGUUGACCAGCGAUGUGAUGUCACUAGAUUGCGAGAAAAAAUUGAGAACACUGAAUUCUCACUUCAUUUGCUGUCCUUCCGAUAUUACUAAACACAAUGCAAAUUGUAUUUUUUUGUGUGAACAAAAUUGUCUGUCAAGCUUAACAGAUUGUUGAAGCAACAUUGAUUCCAGAAAGGUGGUUGAAAAUUUGUCUCAUGGAAGUGUACCAGUCAUUUCUCAACUUUCGAUCUCUGAAGUACUUUCCUUCGCUUCGAGAUGACAUUGCUCAAGCUGUGGUGAAUGCAGGCUUCAAGAUAAUUCUUUGUUGGUGACUUGGUGUGAUGCUAUUAAUAUCUCAGAUGUCUAUCUUCACACUGCUGAUAGAAUGUGUGUAUGAAAGACGAUAUGCAAUGUUAUUGCCACUGAAGUGACUGGGGACUGCUAAAUUGUGCACUUUCUUUGUUUUGUUUUUAUGCACAUUGAUGUACCUCAUUAAGGUUUUCAGAUUUAAGUACAACACUUGCAACAUCUAUUUUUUUUACUUUUAGGUGGGUUUGGGUAUUAAGAAAACAAGAAGAAAUCUUAUUCAAGCCCUUGAAUGAAUCUGGAAAUGCUAUAAAUAGUUAGCACAUGAAAAGUAUUUCUGAAAAUGUAUGUUUAGUUUAUCAUCCCUGUCAUAGCUUCCAAAGAUCUUCCAGUAAAUUUUAGCAGCUCAAGCCUUCAGUCUUCUUUCACCUUCCAAACCUUCCGUCUUGGAAAUGUACAAGAAACGAGUUCUAAUCUUGUUUCGCUUUACAAACUUCCAUAGCAGCUAUUUGUGUGUUUGAAGGAUUCAGCCCAUGAAGUUUUUAUGCAAGAACUAAACUUGUGUUUUUUUUAGUGAGAGUGUGUGUGACUUCUUGCAUUUCCCUGAAUUGUACUUGAUGUUUUUUUUUGUUACAUGUAGUAAUAACCUUUUUCAUAAUCCUCUUGUGUGCAUGAACAAUGUUUUCCAUGCCGUUGCCAAAUUGCAUGUACUAUAUCACAACAAGGCUCUACAUGAAAGUUUUUGCAGUUCUCCAAGCAGUAUGUAUACAAGAAACUUCCAUUUUGGGCCAGCAUUUAUGUGGGUACUGCCCAAUGUUUUUUUUUUUUUUUGUUUUUUUUUUUUGUGAAUGCAUUUGAGUCUCAGGUUUCUUUAUGAAAUGACAGCUAUACAUUUUUCGAGUAAAGGUUUGCCAAAACAUAUUUGUAAUGCUUUUUCUCACAGAGGUAAUCUUGGCCAAACUACCAAACUUAGCAAAUUGACAUGUUUUAUGGAUCUUACCACACAUCACAUAUACACAGGUCGCAGUACCAACUCUAGCUGUGCAAGGCCAACACAAAUGUAGUAUCAUACGAGCUUCUUUUCACAUAUAAUUUUUUUUGCAACAUUUAUUCUUAUUUAUUUUAGUGUGCUUUGCUAAUGAUGUAGUAUGGACGUCCGCAAACAUGCUUAUGUAUUUGUAGUUCUACAGACUUGUUUAUAAUGGCAGUACCUUUUAAGGGGCUGUGGUUACACUUUGUUAUAUCACAUUCUUUAUACCUUUGUCAUGAAUGAGCAGUUUGCAUUUUGCUGUGUCUUGCUUUAUUCUGUGUUGACCAUUGAGGCCUCAAUUCUGUUUAAGGCUGGCCUGUCUAAAUAUUGCUUUGUUUUGACACAGAAUUCAAUAAAAGAAGCUCCCUUCAAAGU